AUAAGUCCAGUGAGAGGACCUCGUGAAGGAGGGACGAGAGUGACCAUCCGAGGAGAAAACCUAGGUCUGAAGUUCUGGGACAUCGCAUCCCAUGUCAAAGUUGCGGGCGUGGAGUGCGUUCCCUUCGUGGAUGGAUAUAUCCCAGCAGAGCAAAUUGUCUGUGAGAUGGCCGAGGCAAAACUCAGUCAGCAUGCAGGAUAUGUGGACAUUUGUGUGGCUGAAUGCAGACCAGAAUUCAUGGCGAAAUCGUCCCAGUUCUAUUACUUCACGAUGCUGUCUCUUUCGGACCUCAGGCCAAAGCAAGGCCCGAUAUCCGGCGGGACGCAAGUCACGAUCACGGGCAAAAACCUGAACGCGGGAAGCAGCGUUUCCGUAAUGUUUGGCGAAUACCCUUGUCUUUUCCACCGGAGGACGGCAGAACACAUCAUCUGCAACACCACGGCUUUUGGGAACGUCUUGGAGAAGAACAUGGUGGACGUCACCGUGAAGGUGGACAAGGCCACGUUGCGCAAGGAGCUGGAGAAGGCUAAGAUGCACAAGGAGCUCAAGUUCAAAUACGUGGAGGACCCAAACAUUUUGAGAAUCGAGCCCGAAUGGAGCAUUGUCAGUGGAAAUACACCUGUCACAGUUUGGGGCACCAACCUGGAUCUCAUCCAGAACCCUCAGAUCCGAGCCAAGUAUGGUGGGAAAGAACACAUCAAUGUCUGCGAAGUUCAGAACGAGACGGAGAUGGUCUGCCAGGCUCCGGCAUUAACGGUGGACCCUAGUAACCAGUCUGAUCUUGCCGAACGGCCGGAUGAAUUUGGCUUUGUCUUGGACAACGUCUUCUCCUUGCUGAUCCUCAAUAAGACCAAUUUCACCUACUACCCAAACCCUGUCUUUGAGGCCUUCAGUCCCCCCGGGAUUUUGGAACUGAAACCUGGAACCCCUCUGAUCUUGAAGGGGAAGAACUUAACCCCACCGGUGGCUGGAGGGAACGCCAAGCUGAAUUACACUGUGCUCAUUGGGGAGAAGCCCUGCGCGGUCACCGUCUCCGAUGUUCAACUGUUGUGUGAAUCCCCAAAUCUUACAGGACGGCAUAAAGUCACGGCUCGUGUCGGAGGCAUGGAGUUCUCCCCGGGCAUGGUGAACAUCUCCUCCGACAGCCCGCUCAGCCUGCCUGCCAUUGUCAGCAUCGCCGUGGCCGGCGGCCUCCUCAUCAUCUUCAUCGUGGCCGUCUUGAUCGCCUACAAGCGGAAAUCUCGGGAAAGUGACCUCACGCUGAAGCGACUCCAGAUGCAGAUGGACAAUCUGGAGUCCAGGGUGGCUUUGGAGUGCAAGGAAGGUGCUUUGGAGAAGAGGUGGAACCACUGCUUAAAUAGGAGCUUGCAAUGUGCUGUUCCUGGCUAUCGGCAAGAACGGGUGGAGAAAGGUCUCAAGUUCUUUGCCCAGCUCAUCAACAACAAGGCCUUCCUCCUCUCCUUCAUCCGCACCCUGGAGUCUCAGCGCAGCUUCUCCAUGAGGGACCGUGGCAACGUGGCCUCCCUCAUUAUGACGGUGCUGCAGAGCAAGCUAGAAUACGCCACCGACGUUCUCAAGCAGCUCCUGGCCGACUUGAUUGACAAGAACCUGGAGAGCAAAAACCACCCCAAGUUAUUACUUCGGAGGACGGAAUCUGUGGCAGAGAAGAUGCUGACUAACUGGUUCACCUUUCUCCUUUAUAAGUUCCUCAAGCAGGAUCCCGCGGCGAAGUCAGAAAAAAUCACGGAGUCCUCUUUUUGUGACCCAUAUAAGAAUGGGAUGGCGCAUACAUGCUUCCACUCGCCCAGGAUGCCUUCAAGCAUGACAAUACAGGUUGAUAAGCCACGAGGAAGCCAUAUGUUGGCCGAAGAUAAGCUAAUUAAGAAACAAAAGGACCAAAAAACUGUCCUUAGUUGUGUGAACCCUGAUAAUGUGAACAGCCCUGAGAUUCCAGUGAAGAUCUUGAACUGUGACACCAUCACUCAAGUGAAGGAGAAGUUCCUUGAUGCCAUCUUCAAGAACGUGCCCUGUUCUCAUCGGCCCAAAGCUGCAGAUAUGGAUCUUGAAUGGCGGCAGGCCAGCGGGACCAGAACGAUCCUUCAGGAUGAAGAUCUCACCACCAAGAUUGAAAACGACUGGAAGAGGUUGAACACCCUUGCCCAUUAUCAGGUGUCAACAGGCCCCAUUGUGGUCGUAAUUUCGAGGACUGCUUACCUUGGAAGAACAUCUUCAAGGAUUUGUGUCCCAUUUUGUGCUUUUUCAGAAAACAUGAUCCGCUACACAGGAAGCCCGGACAGUUUGCGUUCCCGGACGCCCAUGAUUACUCCCGACCUAGAAAGUGGUGUCAAGAUGUGGCAUUUAGUGAAGAACCACGAGCAUGGCGAUCAGAAAGAAGGGGAUCGGGGGAGCAAGAUGGUAUCUGAAAUCUACCUGACAAGGCUGCUAGCCACCAAGGGCACUUUACAGAAGUUCGUGGACGACCUCUUCGAGACGAUCUUCAGCACCGCACAUCGGGGCAGUGCGCUGCCCCUGGCCAUCAAGUACAUGUUUGACUUCCUGGAUGAGCAAGCCGAUAAGCACAACAUCCACGAUCCUCAUGUGCGGCACACCUGGAAGAGCAAUUGCUUGCCCUUGAGGUUUUGGGUGAACAUGAUCAAAAAUCCGCAGUUUGUCUUCGACAUUCACAAGAACAGCAUCACAGAUGCCUGCUUAUCGGUGGUCGCACAAACCUUCAUGGAUUCCUGUUCAACCUCAGAGCAUCGUUUGGGCAAAGAUUCCCCGUCCAAUAAACUGCUUUAUGCCAAGGAUAUCCCCAGCUACAAGAACUGGGUAGAAAGGUAG